AUGAAUUUGACGGCCAGACAAGCAUGUGCAAUUGAAUCAGCUGCAUUACAUAAUCCAAAUUUUGAUGUGUUCGUUCUGUUUUCCUGCCCUACGCUCCGUCCUCUAUCCAUCGCCCAAAAGUCCCUCAUCAAUGUCAUAGAAAGCAUUCCGAAUGUUCACUUCCGGCAGUUGAAUCUACAGAAGUAUGCGACAGAUACUCCAGUCGAGGAUUGGAUCAAGAAAGGUUAUAUGCUUAAGGGGCGAUAUCCGAUGGAACAUACUUCCGACCUACUUCGUUUGAUAAGUCUUUAUCGCUAUGGAGGCAUCUACAUUGAUUUGGAUGUUGUUGUCCUGCGCAGCCUAGAGGAUGUGCCAUUGAAUUAUGUAGGUGCAUUUGACAAUGUCACCUUGGGCAAUGGUGUCCUCAGUGUGGAACCCACUGGAACCGGCCAUGAGAUUGCGGAAUUAUUUCUACGGGAUUUCAAGAGUAACUACACUGGAGAAGAGUAUACCAGAAAUGGUCCCCAGGGUAUAAGACGAGUGGUGAGAGCAAUAUGUGGUGUAGAAAUCGUUAAAGCCAUUGAGGAGGGUCGCAAAAUCUGUCGGGGAUUUCAGGUAUUUAACUCAACGGCUUUUUAUGCACUUCCCUAUCAGCAAUGGAGGCAUUCCACCGAUCCCGAAUUCUUGGAAGACACAAUGGAAAAGACUAAAGACUCGUAUUUGAUUCAUUUAUGGAAUAAUCUAUCUCAUAAAAAGCUAUUUAAGGUCGGCUCUAACACAGCUUAUGGCAAGUAUGCAGAAAUCCACUGUCCCAAGUCUUACGCGGCAGCUGGUGAAUAUUUUUAA